CUAUCACUUAUUUUUUCCCCAAUCGAACACCUUGAAUUUCACCUUAUACUCGCAGACAUUCUCCAAUGGAUUAGGACAAGGGGAAGUCCGUUGCUAUGGGCGAGGUUUGGUUCAAUCGGCGAGUGGACUGGCAGGUGAAACUGGACUGCUAGCUAGUGAAUAGCAGCAGGAUAAGAGUUCAUUUCCAACACUUCUCUGGAAUUUAAAUCGUCCAGGUUCGAGAGAUUGGUGAUUGAAUUUGACUGACUUUUGGAUCGGGGCCCUGAUCACAGGAGGUCCAGGAUGAAUAAGCUACGGCAGAGUUUCCGGCGGAAGAAAGACGUGUACGUUCCUGAGUCCAGCCGACCGCACCAGUGGCAGACGGACGAGGAGGCGGUCCGCAGCGGCAAGUGCAGCUUCGCAGUCAAGUACCUGGGUCAUGUAGAGGUGGAGGAGUCCAGAGGAAUGCACAUCUGUGAGGAUGCAGUGAAGCAGCUGAAGACGGACAGGAAAUUCUUCAAGGGCUUCUUUACUAAAGUUGGGAUUUGUGUUUGUGCAGGGAAGAAGGCAGUGAGAGCGGUGCUGUGGGUCUCAGCAGACGGUCUCCGUGUGGUAGAUGACAAAACUAAGGACCUGAUCCUAGACCAGACAAUAGAGAAAGUAUCGUUCUGCGCUCCGGACAGGAACUUUGAGAGAGCGUUCUCCUACAUCUGUAGAGAUGGAACUACUAGACGCUGGAUCUGCCACUGCUUCAUGGCUAUCAAGGACUCGGGAGAGCGUCUGAGCCACGCAGUGGGCUGUGCCUUCGCUGCCUGUCUGGAGAGGAAACAGAAGAGAGAGAAGGAGUGUGGUGUCACGGCAACCUUCGACGCCAACAGAACCACCUUCACCAGGGAGGGCUCGUUCCGAGUUACCACGGCGACGGAAGCCGCGGAGCGAGAAGAGGCCAUGAGGCAGUUACAGGACAAGAAAGCGGAGAGUGAUGUCAAGUCCGCAAUGCCUCUCUCCUCUGGCCCCAGCGUGGGUGUGGUGAACCUGGCUGUGGCUCCUCUACCAGGGCCCCCGUCCCCCUCCUCCUCUCCUCCCCUGGGCAUGGAGAGCACCCAGGGCCCCCAGGUUAUCCCCCGUAGACACGCUCCAGUGGAGGCCCUGGCCAGACAGGGUUCCUUCAGAGGGUUCCCUGCCCUCAACAACAACUCUUCUCCCUUCAAACGUCAGCUGUCCCUCAGGAUGAACGAUCUGCCCUCUACCAUGCAGAGGAAGUCUGACUUCCCCAUGAAGAACACGGUCCCGGAGAUGGAGGGAGAGGGGGACAGCAUCAGCUCGUUGUGUACCCAGAUAGCCUCAGCCUUCAGUGGGCCUCCUGAAGACCCCUUCUCCCAGGCCCCCAUGCCCCGACCAGCUUCUUCCCCACAGUCACCUGUAGCGCCCCCAGGGGCUCAGAGAGGGAACGGUACCGGUCCUGCCUUUCCUCCUGCUGCUGCUGCUAACUCUCCAGCACUGCCCCCUCCACUACCUGCUCGAGACACUAACCCCUGGGCCAAGCUCCCAAGCCCCCACUGCCAAGCAGGGCAACAUACCUCCUCUGCCUCUUCCUCCACACACCCAGGAGGUGAUUGGACAACCCCAGUGAUUGUAGCUCCACCCUCCACCACGGCGUCCCCAUCGCACCUAUCCCACCGCCGCACGCCGUCAGAGGCUGACCGCUGGCUCGAGGAGGUCACCAAGUCUAUCUGCGCUCUGCAGCCCGCGUCCACACCCUCCUUCCAACAGUUCCUCACCCCCAACCCCCCAGCCGUGUCCACCAUCCCAACCCAGGCAUUCUCAACCACAUUACCCACAGGCCAGCCCUUCUCUGCCCCCAUGCCUGUGCCAUCUGUUGCUCCUGUGGCCUUCAUGUCCUCCCUGCCCCCUCGCCAGCCUGCCCACCCAAUGUCCAACGGGCUGCCCUAUGCCCACCCCAGUGUGCCCGUGGUGGGCAUCACUUCCUCUCAGAUGGUAGCCUAUUUGUUUGGUUCAACCCCCCAGCCCCAGGCGUACCCCGUCCCCCAGUAUGAUCCUUACAACAACCCCCACCAGCAGCCCUCUAUGCCCCUGCCUGUCCACCUCCAGCCACCCAAUGGGAGUGUAGCCUUCAAUGGGGGCGGAGCCGACAACUGGGCCCCUCCCUUCCUGCCCCCUCAGUCCUCCCCGGCCCCUCCCCUGCCCCCGCAGCUCCAACCCGCGGCCGACCCCUUCGAGGCCAAGUGGGCCUCCCUGGAGAGUCAGUCCCGCCAGCACACCACGCCUUCGCCCACUAACCCCUUCUCCUCUGAGCUCCACACAACCUUUGAGAUCCAGCUCUAGAGACUGAGGAGGAGGACUGGGGAGGGGAGGAGGAGGACUGGGGAGGGGAGGAAGAGGACUGG